CAGCCACUGCAGCUUCAUCUGAGCUUUGGCGGCUUUGAACGCCCCAUAUUUUCAACAAUAGAGUCGCUUUUAGUGUAAAGUCGAGAUGAGAGGACCAGGCAACGCAAAGAACCUCAAACAUAAAAGCGAUGGAGCGUUCUGUGCAUCUGCUGAACUCAAGUCAGACGCUCCUGAACGUGGAGUCAAGAACGUCACCAGAGCGAAGAGACCAAGAGGUGGUAAACGGGGUGGAAUCUCCAGUGAUGGAAAAGUUUAUCUCGGCGUGCGUGUGAAAAUGACAGUGAGGGACAUGUUGAAAAACGUCAGACUGGCUCAAGGCUGGGGCCCCGAGGAGCCGCAGGACACAAUCAAGAAGAAAGAAGAGCGAGUCAAAACUCGUUCAAGCCUCAGAGCUUCCAGGAAACGAUGCCCACCCAAAAGCCUGGAGGAGCUGGCAAUUAUAGUGGAGGUUCUGGAGGAGGAUCUCAAAACUCCUCACACGAAAAGUUCAUCUCUGUCAGACCCCCUCGGCUCUCCUGCCCUGACAGGAUACAGCAGUGAUGGUUCAGAGGACAUAAUCCCCAGUCCCCAGCCUCACAUGAGCUAUUCCCCCUGGGCAGACUACUACCAGACCCUGUCCCCGGACCACCAGACCACGUCCCCCGACUACCAGGCCAUGCUCCUGGACCACGAAGCCCUGUCCCCCGACUACCAAGCCCUGUCCCCCGACUCUCAGGCCCUGUCCCCUGACCACCAGGCCCUGUCCCCUGACCACAUGUCCAGUGCUUUCCUGGAGGAGGAACACUGUCCUCAGAACUGGAGCUUGGAUGGUUCUGCUUUCUUCUGGAUCCAGCUCCAGAAAGAGGAGAUGGAGCUCAGCAACAUCUGCGACGCGGAGCUACUGGAUCCAGAUGAACAUGGAAGAAAUUUGCUCCAUAAUGUGGUGUGUGUUGGGAAGAGGGCUCUGGCCUAUGCUGUUGCUAAAAGGAUGGCUGGAAUCAACAGUUUGGACCUUAAAGACUCCUAUGGAAUGACUGCUCUUCAUUAUGCUGCAAAGAACAACCACCACCUGAUGGUGUGUGAUCUGAUCCAGCUCGGAGCGAGCAUCAAUGAGCGGAACAACAUGGGCAAGUCCUGCCUCCACCUGAGUGCGGAGAAGGGCUACACCCAGGUUCUGGAGGUUUUAAAACAAAUGAUGAUGGACGGAUACUCUGUUGAUGUGGAAGCCACGGACAACUCAGGAAUGAGUGUGUUACAAUGCGCCGCUGUGGCUCUGAAGGCCACAGUGUGUGAGGUGGACGGCGACUCUCCGCUCAGCUCCAGACUCAACAGUCUGCGUAAAGAGCAGAUGCUGGAGACACUGGAGAUUCUGCUGCAGAUGGGCAGUUUCCUGCACUCGAUGGGGAGCGGGACUGUUCCUCUCAGCUCCUAAAUGCCUGGCAGGGCUUUUUUUUUUGCGACCCGACGGUAAUGUUCUGUGUAUUCAGCCUGACGUCAGAGCAGAGCUCACAGUUAUGGGCCUCUCCUGGUUCACUCAGGUCUGAAGUGUAAAGCAUCUGUUGCUUUGUGUUUGGUAACAAUAUCUGACUCUCAGAUGUUGUGUAUGUUUCCUGCACAAAAGCAUUAGGUGCCCAAUACCUGGUUUCCAUGAAACUUCCUCAGUUUGUUACAUUGGAGUAACAACAUAAUCUCUAGUAGUGAAGGAGAUCCACUGUACAAGAGUCUGGAUAAACACAGCCACGAAACACAGUGGACGUGUAAUAGGACCAUUAAUGUAACAGGGCUAAAGUACUUUAUAAAGUACAUUAUAAAGUACACAAGUCUCCUGCUGCUGGAGCUGUACAGAUGGAUCUUCAGGAGACAUUAUUCACUGUUUUAUUAUGAAGACGUAGUAACUUCACAUAUUUAGUUUUUGUGGUGAGGUGUGUUUUGUUUUAUUACACUGAAAUACAGUAGAUGAUGAUGUGUGUAUCAUGUGUGUGUCAUGUGUGUGUCAUGUGUGCCUCGUGUGUGUCGUGUGUGUCAUGUGUGUGUCAUGUGUCACUGUUGUAUCAUGACAUGUACAGUACAUGAGGUAAUAUUGUGGGUAACUAUAAAACUACAGUUAGUUAUUUCUCAUUUUAAUCUUUAAGGGGCUGGUGUUUGUUCCUGUCAAUGUAAACAUUUUGUUAUAAAUUUAAUAAACUGUUGAUUAAAUUG